CUGAUAUCCAAGGCAAUUGUUCAUUGAGGUUCCGUUUGAUAAGACAUGAAUUCCAUUGCAAUAACCAAACUCCACUGUAAUUUCAGGAGCAUCAGGUGGUAUUGGAAUGGAGACAGCAAGGGUCCUUGCCUUGCGCCAUGUUCAUGUGGUUAUGGCAGUGAGAAAUAUGGAUUCUGGUAGGAAAGUCAAAGAUAAUAUACUUCAGGACAUUCCUACAGCUAAAAUCGAGGUUAUGGAAUUAGAUCUUAGCUCAAUGGCAUCAGUAAGGAAAUUUGCUUCAGACUACAAAUCCUCGGGUCUUCCCCUAAACCUCCUCAUUAACAAUGCAGGGGUUAUGGUUCCUCAAUUCAUGCUUUCCCAAGACGACAUAGAACUGCACUUUGCAACGAACCAUCUAGGACACAGCGUCUCAAUGCAACGUAGAAGGAAGGUCAUUAAUGUUUCAUCUGAGGGUCACUGGUUUCUAUACAGUGAAGGAAUACAAUUUGACAAAAUCAACGAUGACACAAGAUACAAGUAUGGACAGUCAAAGCUUGCUAACAUAUUGCAUGCUAAUGAACUUGCAUGGCGCUUGAAGGAAGAAGGGGUACAUACAACUGCUAAUUCACUUCAGCCUGGAGUUGUUGUCACUAAUCUUCUCCGUCACCGUAGCUUUCUUGAUGUUGUUAUUAAUGGCAUUGACAAAUACAUGUUUAAAAAUGUUCAGCAGGGAGCAGCCACCACAUGCUACAUAGCAUUGCAUCCACAAGUAAAGGGUGUGAGUGGUGAGGAUUUCUCGGACUGCAACGUAGCCAAAGCGAGCUCUAUGGCUGAAGAUAGAGAAUUGGGGAAAAAACUGGGGGACUUUAGCUUGAGCUUGACAGAUCCCAAGUAGCCAUUAUGAUAUAGCGUCGUUGAAUAAAGUUGUGGCUGCCUUUGUCUACUUGUCCAAAGCUACCAAGUUGUGAAACUCAUUUGUUGGGAUAAAGUUAUGAUACCAAAAAAUACUUUGUUUCCGUACCGAAACGUGAAUUACGG